GCAUUUGACAGACACAAGCGUUCCCAUCGUAUCACUGACGAGAGCUGGGAAAGGUUCAAGCCUAUCCUCUGCACUCUUUACAAAUCCUACACUCUCAACAUUGUCAUGGAGUUCAUGAAGAGGCGGUUCAACUUCCACGCGAGCAAGCGCCAAUAUGGUUAUCGUCUUGACAAGUGGGGGGUCAAGAAGUACAACAACUCUGGCGAAAAGAAGAAUUCUAUGAGUGCAAUCGACCAGAUGGAAUUCGACAAUGUUCGGCCGCUCGACACAAGCUCCCGACCGAACUUGUCUAGCAACAUGGCCUCGACGAGUGCCAUCAUCGACGAUACGGACCACGAUGACCACAUUCCUAUGAAACCAAACCCUCGCCAUCGUAUCCGCUACCCUUGGGGGCCUGGGGAUGGUCAGGCGACAACAAAGCUUGCUGCUGACUUUUGCGCGGCCAUGUCUGAUGAUGAGAACGCUUUCCAACUAUAUUCUGGCCUAUACAACUCCCUAUCAAGGUCCAACCAGCCUCACUCUACAACCCAGAUGUUUGUUGCCAUCUCAUGUGCUCGGGUCGCCGAUAAACCAGAGAAUACCCACAAAGCAUGGGAACUGCUGUCUGGCCUCUUAUCUCAGCAAUACGAUGAUGAACCUCACUUCGUCAUGUCGAUGCUCAAAGCAUACUUGCAAGACCGCCUCGAGCAGGCUGAUAAUACGACAGUAAAGCGCCGCACCUGCGCUACCAUUCAGGAAUUUCUUGACGAAACCGGGUCACUGAGGCGUAUCCCUCACAACUAUUCCUCUAUUGACCUGGUGGCCGACUACUUCCUUUUCUAUGGCCUUGACCAGUAUGAGCACUCGCUGAGUGAGAAAGAGGUCUCACCGAACUUCUCGACAGAGCACCUCCUCAACGACUUCAUUAGGAGGCAGCCCUUUGUCGACAUGGUUCGACGAAAUGUCUCGCAGCCCCUUCGCCUCUGUGCGGCAUGGUGUAGUGAACAGCUUCUCAUCAACCACCCGGUUCCCCUGCAGAAUCCCUCGGUCCAGCCCAACCCUACCAUGCGCCACUGGUGGGAUAACACCAGGAUCUUCUGCACUCUCUGGGGCGUUCUUCUGGGCUUGGUCAGACCUGGUUGCGCUCCCGAUUGGUAUAAUCAGUGCGAGUCUGCCUAUGGCAUCUCUGCUUCUGAGCUCCUUGUCACUGUGUCCUGGAUGAUUGGCGCCGAGACCACCCCUUGCGAUUAUACCAUGUCGGAUAGAGACCUCCUCAAGAACGCUGCCGAGCGUGCCCAGAGUCUUUUGGAACUAAAAGAGGGCGAGCUCUUGAUCGAGUUCAUUGACAAGUUUGAGUGGAUGAACGAGCGCGUUGACCUGGUUGACGAAGAAAAGUCGUUUGAGCCCUUUCUCCAAUCACAGCUGCGCCAGUACCUAUCUGAGACUCUCAGGAUCCAGCUCCCCUACCCAGCUCAGAGCCAGAGCCAGAGC